AAUACAUACGCCCACACUCCACAGUGCUCUCCCGGGUAUAAACGUCGGACCUAAACAGGUCGAACAUUUGGCCGCCGUUAAAAAGUAUAGCCGUUUCUCGUGUGCGCCUUCCUCGUUCUUUGUAUGGUUCGAUCUCUCAACCCGUCUCCACAUCGGCGGAUACAAAGUUUAGCCGUUUCCCCAGUCCUCCUUCGCGCGCUCUCUCUCAGGCCGUCGUUUCUUCUCCGGCAGCGACCUCCGACCACCGCCUCGCCCAGCUUCACCAGCGACCACCGCCACCGCCCCAUUCAGUAGCAGCCCUUCGACUUAAUCAGCAAACAGCGUUGCAGAGACAAGCCGAAGCGUCGAACAUAGGGAUGGGGGAGAAGAGGAAGCGUCAGUCGAGCCCUUCAGUUUCAAAUGUUAGAGGUGUCACUGGCAGUGAGAUGGGCACAUGCAUCAUUGAUGGGGAAAAUCUUAGCAGCUUCCUGGAACUAUUGGGAAGUUUUUGUCAGGGAAAUAGAAUUGGGAAAGCUUUCAAGGGGAGCAGCUCCCGAAAAGAUCUGGAUGAAGCAACAAUUUUCUAUAGGUGUCAAUGAUACCACACGUGUAUUGGAGAGGAUGCCUAGAGCUAAAGAUAUUCCAGAGUGUUCAAUGCCCUCUGAAAGUAAGAAUGAGUCGUCAGUUCAACUUCAAGCUUUAUUAGUAGCAUCAGAUUGUGGUUCAAAGUGGUUGAUAAAGCAUUUCCCAAGUUUAGCAUACAGCAGAGGAGUUCCCUUAAUCUCCAUCGCAGAUAAUAAGGCAGGCUCUCUGCGACUAGGUGAAGUUGUGAAACUAAAGACCGCCAUCGCUAUAGGGGUAAAGGCUAAUGGGAGCGGUAUCAACAAGUUUGUCACAAAUUUUCUUGAAAGGAGGUGCUUGACUGGACAAGGUGGUGAGUGAAAUACAUUUGCAUGCCUGGGAGCCAUAUGGCAAAAAUGGAGGUCGGUCAAGGAUCAGUUAAUUUUAGCAGCUUUUUGUUCAUUUGUCAACUGCAGUAAUUAAUUGUUCAAAUAGAAAAUCUACUCUGUAGAGAUUAAUCUGCUCCUGUGAUGAUUCAGGACUGGGUUUUGUCCUUCCGCUUUUUGAAAAAACAAAAGAUAUGUAUUCUUAUUGUUAAUUAACCUACACAUUUUUUUA